AGCAAACUUAUAUUGAUCUCUGGAUACUUGGGUCAGUUUUGUUUUAGUGAGCUAAAGGUAUAUUAACCAUUUGUACUCUGACCAUAAGUAGUUGUGUACGUGAUUGAAGUUCGUAAGCCGUUCAUUUCUUUAUAGUAAUACUUACUGUGUUAAAAUGUCGCGAUUUCAACCCUAUCUAACUGAAGCUCAAGAGAAUGAUCUGCGCCAAAUCGCUCAAGCUAUUUGUGCUCCUGGUAAAGGAAUUCUAGCUGCUGACGAAAGUACAGCCACAAUGGGAAAAAGGCUUCAACAAAUUGGUGUCGAAAAUAACGAAGAAAAUCGUCGUCUGUAUCGGCAAUUACUUUUUAGUGCUGACCACAAAUUGGCUCAAAACAUCUCAGGAGUUAUACUAUUUGAAGAGACACUACAUCAGAAGUCAGAUGACGGAAGAACUCUCCCAAGCUUACUGGCGGAAAGAAAUAUCAUACCAGGAAUAAAAGUUGAUAAAGGUGUUGUUCCUCUUGCGGGUACCGAUAAUGAGACGACAACUCAGGGCCUUGAUGAUCUGGCCUCACGUUGUGCUGAAUAUAGAAAACUUGGAUGCCGCUUUGCAAAAUGGCGUUGUGUUUUGAGAAUCUCUUCACAUACACCCUCUCGUCUAGCAAUGAUUGAAAAUGCCAACGUACUUGCACGCUAUGCUACUAUCUGUCAGCAAAAUGGUUUGGUGCCGAUUGUUGAACCUGAGGUGCUUCCUGAUGGUGAACAUGAUUUGCUAACGGCUCAAAGAGUAACAGAAGAGGUUUUGUCAUUCGUGUACAAGGCUUUGGCCGACCAUCAUGUUUACUUAGAAGGAACGCUUUUAAAACCCAAUAUGGUUACUGCUGGACAGGCCUGCAAGAAAGGUUACUCGCCACAUGAAAAUGCUUUAGCUACCGUGAGAGCUCUUCAACGCACAGUCCCUCCAGCUGUUCCAGGUAUCACAUUUCUGUCUGGAGGUCAAUCAGAAGAGGAUGCUACUAAAAAUCUGAAUGAAAUUAACAAGAUUCCAGGACCAAAGCCAUGGGCGCUUACUUUCAGUUUUGGUCGUGCUCUACAAGCCUCAGUUUUAGCCACAUGGAAAGGAAAGAAAGAGAAUGUUCACGCCGCUCAGGAAGAACUAUUAAAACUGGCGAAAGUAAAUAUAUUGGUUUACUGUAACUACUGUCUAUUUUGUUUCUUUUUCUAUCACUUAGUUUCAUUCAGCACUUAAAUAUGUUUAGCUUUCUUAAUAGUUAGAAAAACACUCAAGUCAUAUAAGUGUCGACACUUAACAGUGUUUGUUAGGGGCUCAUUAUGAGUUUUCAUGUGUAUUUUUGAUUCGCUGGCCAAAUGAAUUAAGCUACGUCAACUGCUAAUGUUUUUGUUGAUGUCCAUAAUAUGCUUUCAUGACCAUCAAAAAAGAUACCGGAAAUGCUACACUACAGAAUGGCCAAUGGUGACGCUGCUGUGGGCAAAUACGCAGGAAACAUGGGAACCGCUCUGGGAGACAAAUCAUUGUUUGUUGCUAAUCAUGCUUAUUAAAUCUUUAUGCCAUCCAUAUAUCAUCUGUUUUCAUGUCAUCAAUAUUUAGCACAACUAGUCGACAUCCUAAGUAACGUUUUUCAUGUGAUUUAACAUUAAACCAGUCGUCAGAUCAAUUCUCCUAUAUUUUUAUUUUUGUUCUUAAAUUCUGACAUGUUAAAUUUCUUGAUCAUAACUUUAUUUACUAUUGCACUUUAUAGUGUUAGUUAUUUUAUCAAGUCAUAAUAACCAAAUAAACUUUCAUUCUCCUCGC